UCGUCGAGAUGGAAUUCGCGCAGGUAAGGGUGGAAGAUGGACUUACUUUGUCGAAGACUCCAAAAGUGGCCCGUGUGCAGAGUUCCAAUUCUAGACGUCAAAACGACAGAUGAGGAAGAGGAGAAGCCAAGAGGCGUGUUGUUGAACGUGGAAAGGAUGUUGUAACAGAGGAAACCCUCGCAACGAAUUUCCAGCCUCCGCAACUCUUCAGUCUUCUUCUUCUUCUUCUUCUUCUCUCUCUCUCUCUCUCUCUCUCUCUCUCUCUCUCUCUCUCUGUUUGUGUGCAGUUAGAUGAUGAUCCAGGGAACAAGGAAAUAGCAGACGCCGGAGCUCAAGCAUAUACACUAGCAGGAGAGAUUGAGAGGCCGAGAUGAGGACAUGCUUGAAAGCCAUGAACGUGUCGUUGGAGAACAAGGCAAACAGCGCCGUAGCUGCAAUACGAUCGUCGACGAAGGGAGUCGCCGUCGUCUUCCUCACACUCGUCGUCCUUGUCGUCGUCAUCUCCACGCAUUGGAUCGAUGGCACAACUCUCACAACAAUAAGCUCCAAGAAUGAACAAGUUCUUAGCUCACAACCCCGCAAACCACAGUCAAAGACCAUAAUUUUGGCCUGUGGAAACCAAACAACUCCUGUGUGCCAAAGAUCACUGUCUCCAUCUCCGUCUCCGUCUGCUAUCUCUUCUGUGCCCCAGUCGUCCCCUUCCUGCCCUGACUACUUCCGCUGGGUGCACGAAGAUCUCCGACCGUGGAAGUCCACCGGCAUCACAGAGGAGAUGGUGGGGAGAGCUCGAAAGUUCGCCACCUUCCGGUUGGUGGUGCUCGCCGGCCGAGUCUACGUUGAGCGUUACCGCCGAGCGUUUCAGACAAGAGACGUGUUCACCCUGUGGGGCAUAUUGCAGCUCGUCAGCCGGUAUCCCGGCCGCGUCCCCGACAUCGACCUCAUGUUCAACUGCGACGACACACCCGUCGUGAAGCUGGCCGACCACCGGUCAUCGCCGCCUCCACCUCUCUUCCGCUACUGCAAGGACGACAGGACCUUGGACAUCGUCUUCCCGGACUGGUCAUUCUGGGGCUGGGCUGAGCUCAAUAUAAAGCCAUGGGAGACACUGGCGAAUGAUCUGAAGCAAGGAAAUCAAAGGGUGAAAUGGAGGGACAGGAAGCCGUAUGCCUACUGGAAGGGCAAUCCAUGGGUAUCCGACAGUAGAAGGGAUCUUAUCAAGUGUAACCUCUCCAAACAUCACGACUGGAAGGCUCGUCUCUAUGAUCAGAAUUGGGAUAGGGAGAUCAAUCAAGGGUUUAAGAACUCAAACCUGGCCAACCAAUGUGAUCACAGGUACAAGAUCUACAUCGAGGGCCGAGCAUGGUCAGUGAGCCAGAAGUACAUCCUAGCAUGCGACUCGCCGGCGUUCUUUGUGAAGACUCACUUCCAUGACUUCUUCUCCAGAGCUCUGAUGCCAGGACUACACUUCUGGCCAAUAAAGGAGGACGAUAAGUGUAGAUCGAUCGAGUUCGCAGUUGACUGGGGCAACGAACACCAAGAGGAGGCACAAGCCAUGGGAAGGGCAGGCAGCAACUUCGUGCAGGAAGAGCUAAAGAUGGACUACGUCUACGACUACAUGCUGCACCUGUUAACCGAGUACGCCAAGCUGCUGAGGUACGAGCCCGCCGUACCAGAGAAAGCCACCGAGCUCUGCUCCGAGUCCAUGGCCUGCCCUGCCACCGGCCUCGUCAAGGAGUUCCUGAUGGCGUCGAUGGCGAAGUCGACGCACGACACAGAGCCGUGCGCGAUGCCUCCACCCUUCGAUCCGGAGGCGCUCCAAGUGGUGCGGGAGAAGAAAGCUGACGCCGUGACGCAAGUGGAAUUGUGGCAGCACCAAGCUUGGAAUAAAGGUGUUUGAUUUGAUUCGAAGACCUAAGAAAACUUGAUUGUAUUCAUUUGUUAUAUGAUCAGAAUUUGAGGCCAACGGAGAAGUUGGGAUGGAUAAGUUCGACAUAUACUCGAAUAUCAUGAAUGGAUAAAACAGCUUAUCCAUAUCGGAAUGAUAUCAAACAAUUUAAUAGACA